CUCGAAACUUGUUGACAGCCGAUUGACGAGUUUGCAGUUGUAGAAGUUAUAUAAAUUACUUACCAGCUGAAAUAAUCUUUUCAUGGCGCAGAUGCAGCAGCCACUUAUUUAAUCGUACAUUGGCAAAUCCGUGCAGUUUAAAUGCCAUUGGUAGUAGCACAAACAGACUGGAAUUAAUGCACGUCAGCUAGCCAUUUAGCUAGCUAGCUAGCUAACGUUAGUUAGAAAUUGGCGCUGCAAGUCUGUGGCCACAUCAGAUUGGUAGAAUUAGCGUUACUGCUAUUAUAGUACUCCACGUUUGGUAGGGGACGCAUGGUAGGGAAUCACAUCUAAUCACAGACAUGUGUUUAAUCUUUAUCACUGUUUCCGCUAGUCUUGAAGUUUUAGAAGCAGUCUACACAAACCGGAGCUAACUUCAACGUUUUGCGAUGGCAUGGAAAUCAAGAACUCGCAGCUUGCAGGUAUUUGACACGGAGUUGAGUGCUGACACGGUUGAAUGGUGUCCUGUUCCCCAAUGGCACCACAUUCUGGCAUGUGGGACCUACCAGCUACAGAAGAGCCAAGAUGGGGCAGUUGAAGAGUCGGACACGCCAAAUAGGAUCGGCCGAUUAUAUGUGUUCCGUUUUCAGCAACAAGGGGCAUUGUGUCCCCCUUUGACUGAACUUCAGCGCAUCGACACACCAGCCAUACUAGAUGUAAAAUGGUGUCAUGUUCCAGUGUCAGGGCAACCUCUUUUGGGCAUGGCUACAGCCACAGGGGAGCUACAGCUGCACUCGUUGCAGGACACACAGGAUGGCCUUUGUGUUCUGGAUAAAGUAUCGAGCACAGAGCUUGGCCCUGAAAGGCUAGCACUCUCAUUGGACUGGUCCACAGGAAGAGGCGACAGUAGUGCAAUCCGUGUGGUGUCCAGUGACUCUAAAGGCUGUGUCAAUGUUCUGGGUCUGACCGAGACGAGCCUGACCGCUCUGUCGCAGUGGAAAGCCCAUGACUUUGAAGCUUGGAUAGCAGCCUUCAGCUACUGGGACACACAGAUCAUUUACUCUGGUGGGGACGAUUGCAAACUGAAAGGCUGGGAUCUUAGGAUAGGUCCCUCGUGCCCCACCUUCAGCAGCAAGAGUCACUCCAUGGGCGUUUGCAGCAUUCACAGCAACCCACACCGGGAGCAUAUCCUGGCGACUGGCAGUUACGACGAGCACGUGCUGCUGUGGGACGGGCGCAACAUGCGGCGGCCUCUCAGCGAAAGUGCCAUGGGGGGAGGGGUGUGGCGUCUGAAGUGGCAUCCUACCCAAGAGCACCUGUUGCUGGCAGCCUGCAUGCACAACGACUUCCACAUACUCCACUGCCAGGAGGCUAUGGAGGGCAGUGAAGGACCUUGUCCCAUCUUGGCCUCCUACAUCCUGCACAACUCCCUUGCCUACGGAGCAGACUGGUCCCGUGUGUCUCUGGACAGUCCUCCUCCGGCCUCCCCUCAGGAGUCCAGAGAACCCAGCCUGCCCCAGCCAGAGGUGGGGGGCCACCUCAGGAUCCAGUACGAGUCCCCCACGGCCAGCUUCGACACCUCCCUAGAGGACGAGAUGGGCCGCUACAUCCCCGAGCCCUCUCCCCAGCCAGAGCCUCGGCCGAUCGCACCCCCCACGCCGGCGCUGGACUCUCCCUCGGUCUCCUGCCUGCUGGCCAGCUGCUCUUUCUACGACCACAUGCUGCACGUGUGGCGCUGGGACUGGAGCCCAAAGGAGGCCGAGGCCGAGGCGGGGCGGCAGGACCAGGCCACCGGCGACAGGGCAGCCGCGGCACCGUGAGGCGUAGCCACAAACAGUCACGGGUGACUUCCUGUUCAUCAGAACUGAUGCAAAGAGACGUCGUUAAUGUCAAAUGUUUUACAUCAGGGUUAACGAGGAGCAAAUCUGACAAAUGAAGGGUACUGUCAGCAUUGUUGUGAGCCACAAAAAAAAAAAAAAAUGAAGGCGGUCAACAUUGCAUAUGUACAGAUGGAAAUUCUAGACUCCUUGGUCACCUCAGGCACUGUAGCCUAUAGACGGUUUUCCUUAAACUAGAUGUGCGCGCAGCCUCAUGGCAGAAGAGUCUUAGUGGCCGGCCAAAAUGUUAUAAUCUUAAACUAUUGGUCGGCUGCUGUUAAGUCACAAGCAUUUAUUUAGGAUACUCUAGCUGUCUCAAUGAUAACAUCUCAUUUCAGAGUUUGCCAUUCAUUUGCAUUAUUAACAUCAUUGUUUGUCAUUUUUGGCAAAGACAUGCAUUCCUUUAGGGCUAUUGAACAUUCUCUAACCAUUGCUGCUUUGAUGGGUGUGGUUUUCAGCACAAAAACUCCUUGCAAUGUAUUUGUGGAGAGCACUGCUCUAUGCUGUUCUAUUGGACUUUCUGCCCUGAGGUUGCGCACACAUUUUUUUUGUGACCUUGCAUAGACAUCCAUGUAUAAGGAUUUGAAAAAUAGAACGUAAAUUCUCAAACCUAAUCUUGAUUGGCUUCAGUCAAGGCAGCGCUGGAAUGCACACAAGAGAGGCAAAGUAAGGAGGACACCGAGGGGGGAGGGAUGUGUAUUUGUUGUGCUUGAGUUGGAUUUCUAAAUGAUAACCUUCCCCCAGUUAUCACCGAUACCUUUACAAAGCAUGGAUACAGAUAUUCCUGAAAUGAAUGAAUGAAUGUACACUUUACAGAGUUUGUCAGUGCUCUUAUAGAUUAUGGAUUUUUUUUCCAUCCCAUAUGCAAACUUUUCAUAACGAUGUCCACCACAAUGUGGGGAAGGACCAGUGCAUGUUUCAAACUGAUGGCGAGGCACUGAAAAUAACACACACAGAUUACUUGAAAAUGCAACAGUAAUGUCUACCUAUUUAUUCUAUCAACCAGUUUCUUUGUUUUUUAAAACAUAAAACAAAGUCUGUAUUUUCAAGACUGCCCAGGCAAUAAAUGUUUUUGGCAUUGUACUCCA